AUGGCCGAUGCCUCGCCAACCGCUCCGGACCAGGCCAUCAACCAUGCUGCCUCCAUCAAAUACUGGAACUCGGUCGACUCCACCGUCAAUGGCAUGCUCGGCGGCUUUCCUCAGGUCUCGCGCAUAGACCUGCAGGGUUCAUCCAACUUCUACACUAAGCUGUGUCGCGUCACCGGACGCAAGGCCGGUGAUCCUAUUCCUCACGCCGUCGACUGUGGUGCCGGCAUCGGCCGCAUCGCCCUGGGCUUUCUCGUGAAGAUCGCCGCCUCCGUGGAUAUCGUCGAGCCAGUGCAGAAGUUCACCGACCAGCUGAGGGAGACUGAGGGCUGCAAGGAACUCAUCGCCGCCGGCCGCAUUGGCUCCAUCGCCAACGUCGGCCUAGAAAACUGGACCUUGGAUGUGCCCUACCGCUACGACCUGAUCUGGAACCAAUGGUGUGUCGGCCAUCUCACCGAUGCCCAGCUGGUCGACUACUUCAAGCGUUGCCAGGAACACCUUGUCGAUGGAGGCUGCAUUGUUGUCAAGGAAAACAUGAGCACCGCCCUCAACGGCGAGGACCUCUUUGACGACGAGGACAGCAGCGUGACCAGGACGGAUGACAAGUUCCGGAAGCUUUUCGAGUUGGCGGGCCUAGAGGUUUUCCUUACCGAGAUUCAGCGCGGGUUCCCAAAGGACCUGUUUCCCGUCAGGAUGUAUGCCUUACGUCCGAAGAAGCAACCUGUUGGUUGA